AGAUCCUUAAUAAUAAUACGUAUCAAUACAUAUGUGUUUUAACAUAAAAAUUUAAUAUAGAUUUAUUUUGAACAACUCUAUUUUUCAAAAAGUUUUAUAAUGGCACUAUUAUUAUGAGUAAUUUUAAUAAAGAAGUUACGGUUAAUUGCGUAAAAACUUUAGUUGAUAAUAAUCGAUGUGUUACUUGCGACCUAUUGAAUGGAUCUAUCAUAAGAUAUCCGUGUGGGCAUUUCGUCUGUAAUAACUGUGCCAUAACCGCCGAAUAUUGUAUACGUUGCCUUUCACCACCUACCACUUCGACUAAUUGUAUCGAUGUGCCUUUCGGGCAACGCAUCGAACAUGUUUCACAUCUUUUAACUACAUUUCAAGAUUUAUUCAACCUCGAUGUUUACAAAAGUCUUAGACUUUCGGAACAAUUAAAGUUGGAAAAAGAAAUAUUUCCAAAAUGUAUACAAGCACCUUCAAAAUAUUGUAACAAGAGGAAAAGUACAAAAUAUAUAAUAAAUGAUAAAGAAAAUUCUAAAUUGCCAUUUCUAGCUGGUGAAUGUAUAUCUAAUGUAUUAAAUAUGGAAAAUACUGUAGAUUAUGUUAAGCAGUGGCUGCAAAACAAUGAAUCAACCUCAAAGAAGUCCAGUAAUCUACCUCGUAAACCAUUUGCUGAUUUAAAUGUUAAUGGUCAAAGUGUUGCUAAAGAUUCUAGCUUAGUUAAAAACAAAGAUGAAAGAGUUACAAAUAGAAAGAGAACUCAUAUAAAAAUUAUGGAUAAGAAUAGUAAAAAAAAAUUGAGGCUUAUACCUAAAAAUAAAAAUAAAGAGUUAACUACAAGGCCUCGAUCCUUUAGAAAUAAUGAAAACACUUAUUUGCAAAGAAGUAAAUGUGACAAUGAUGAAAGUGGAAUUGUUGUUGAUGAGGAAUCUAUUGUUAUAGAUAAUACUCAAGAAGAAUGUGUUGACAAAGAUAAACUAGCUAUAAUUGCUGUACAAGAGGCUGAAAAAUUAAACUCCUGCGUUUUUACCAAUUCUGGUCAAUCACUCAAUAAAAUCACAUUAACAAAACCCGCUAUACUUACAAAACAAACAUUAUUUGAAACAGGCUUUUCCAAAAUACCAUUUUACAAAAAAAGCUUACUACAUAAGAUCUGUAAUGAAUGCACAAAUGAUAAAAAUACAAUAAAUAAUCCUGAUACUCCAAAAAGUGUGACAGUUAUAAUUAAUAAUGACAACUUCAUAACCACCAUAAAAUGUUCACAAUGCCCUGUAAGAAAUAUAGAAUCAAAUAAACAGUCAGUCCAAAUACAGACUAAUAUGAAUAUAGAGAGAACAGACUCCAAUACCUCCACAAUAGGACCCCCCUCUAAAGUCAACAUUGAAACUCAAAGUUAUAAUGAAAAAAUAUCACCUCUGGAGAAUAUAAAACAUGCUGAUUUUGUUGAUAAUGAUAAAGAAACAGAUGAAAAGGAUGAAAAUAUUUCAAAAAUUAUAAGGGACACUGUUAAUGUAUUACCUCCAAAAAGAAAAUGUUUGAUAAUAGAGGAUUCAGACACAGACAGUGAUAUUUAUGAAAAUGUUUGCACUCUUGAAGCCACUGCAGAAGUUCAUAAAGAAAUGUAUAACAAUUUCGGUAUACUGUCUUCAAUGGAAGCUCACGAGUAUGUCAACAGAAUGAAGCCUGUAGCACGUGGACAUACCCCACUUAGUACUGAUUCAUCUGACAAAGAAAAUUAUGAUCCAAACAGAAUUAAAAGGCAAAAAUUUGGGAAAAAGAAAAACAACAAGAAAUAUUAGGAGUAAAUGUUA